AUGUCAGACCUCCCUCUCAAAGUACGUGCUGACAUCCGCGACCAGUGGGACUCUCCGAAGGCUGCCAUCCACAGCUCUGUCGAGUCACUUGCGCAGACCCUCGGACAUAAGGUCGUUCCACAAGUGCAGUGGGCUUUGCUCUACAAUGCGGUGAAGGAGACCUUCCCGGACAAGGCCACUUUCGUGCCCACGGUUUCUCGGGUCGUGAUUGCGUUGUACGGGAGGCUCUUGUCCAGAAUCGAGAACGAGGCGCAUACAAAUUGGACCGACGAAUUGCUCGACGUGCUUGCGAAGAAACCGCCUGGCCCGGAGUGGAUGCUGCAAGUGGAGCCAUCCGGCGCAAAUAGCUCGGCACGUCGUCCUCGUGUAACCUGGAAGGCAGAUGUUGGGGCGUUCUAUCUGGAGAUUCCCAACCAUGAACCACCGAUGCAUGCAACGAUAGAUGCUGGCUUCGACCAAGACCUCGACGGUCUCUUCCUUGCGCCAGGAUCGAUUGCAACAACUCCUCUCGAUGACGACGACCGUGAAGAGUGGGCGGAGGUCACGACGGUUGAGACGCGAACAGCGCCUCCAGGAGCUCGUCUUUUGCCUUCCAAGAUGCCAGGUUCGCCUCAACCUAUCCCCAUGGCGUCAACUGUCCAACGCCUUCCAACGAUCGAGACCCUUGCCCGGCCGACGGAACUGUUCAGAGUAACGCCACCCCACACCUUGAUCGUCGAUGCAAGUACAAGCCCGCUGACCGUCCAAGGCAGCCAUCAACCCAGCUUAGAGCUCCUGGCCAACUACCUCAAGAAAUGGGCCAAAAUUGACUCUAACGACAGUCUUAAGAGGCCAGUACUGAAAGUGAGCCUGGCAGAGUCGCCCUUUUAUUUCGGAGUCAUCGACUCGAUAUCGAUUGAACCGACUUGGUCGUUGUCGAGGAACAAGGAACCGAUUAAUCCUUCGGUCCUGUUGGCAUUCAUCGAAGGCGUCCUGGGUUACAGGGAGACGUAUACAAACGGCGUCCGAUGGGUGUUCAAGAACGAUAGCAUUCUGAAGUGA